AUGUUUACCGGCCAUGAAUAUCGUUCCGUAGAUUCUACCUCCACCAAGCAAAAAGAAAAUAAUAGGCGUGAUAUCGAUGACACGUCAAAGAUCUUGAAUAACAAGAUACCGCAUGCCAUCAAUAAUGCUUCUGCUGUCGUUACAGCCACUGCUAAUAGAGACGUUUCACCUACAAAUAGGCCUUUGGAUCCCCAAGAUGUAAACUAUAGCACCGACGUCGCUGGCGUGGUCGAUUCGAUGCAUAACUAUGCUACUGCUAGUAGAGAUUCUCUGACCCCCCAAUAUACCAACAUGGCAGCUAGAAACACCGGUUUGCACAAUCAGGUCGUCAAUGCUAACUCAAACUACCACCAGCCCACGUAUCUUCGACAACAACAACAACAACAACAACAACAACAACAAUCGCCCUCUAUGAAAACCGAGGAGGAGUCUCAGCUCUAUGGUGAUAUUCUUUUGAAUUCUGGCGUCGUAUCCGAUGUGAAUCAAAAUUUAGCCAGCUCCACAAAUCUAAACCAUCUGUCUUCUACUCGCAAAUCUGCACCAAACGAUGCUGUUGCUGAUGCAACUAACGCCGCUAACACAACCGCCUUGAAUAGGCAAUUAUAUUUCAUGAAUAUGAACAUGAACAACAAUCCGCAUGCCCUAAAUGAUCCGUCCAUCAUGGAGACUCUAUCGCCAUUCUUUCAACCUUUUGGUGUGGAUGUCGCACAUUUGCCCAUGACGAAUCCACCGAUUUUUCAAAGUUCUCUUCCGGGGUGUGACGUACCAAUUAGAAGAAGAAGAAUCUCGAUUUCUAACGGUCAAAUUAGCCAGUUAGGCGAGGAUAUUGAAACCUUGGAAAACCUUCAUAAUACCCAACCGCCCCCCAUGCCCAAUUUCCACAAUUAUAAUGCCGUAAAUCACAACAAAAAUGUAUCACAUAAACAGACCUUUAAUCAGGCAGCACCGGCCAAUAUUCCAGCAUAUGGUGCAAAAAAAGUUACUAAUCCCUCGAAUGGCACAAUCUCGGGUGAUCAAAAUACCAACUUCUCAAAAAACCAGCAGCAAACUUUUGUGAACUCACUAUCAAAAAAUAAUCCGGCGGAGAGCGUAAGCGAUCUGGAAGGUAUGACGAUAUUUGCGCCAACUACUGACGCCGAUAAUUUGGCAAAUAAAAACAUGACCAAAUCCUCAAUUAGAGAAUCACAUUCUAAUCCCAGUUUCAUUUCAAGAACUCAGGGACCUCGCAUGAAUUUAGGAGACAAUCCAUUAGAAAAUCCAACCCCAGGUACAACAGUAUGGAAAAGGGCAAGAUUAUUAGAGAGAAACAGAAUUGCAGCUUCUAAAUGCAGACAAAGGAAGAAGGUUGCGCAACUACAGCUCCAAAAGGAAUUUAAUGAGAUCAAGGGCGAAAAUAGAAUUUUGCAGAAAAAACUGAAUUAUUACGAGAAAUUAAUUUCUAAAUUCAAGAAAUUUUCUAAAAUUCAUUUACGUGAACAUGAAAAAUUAGCAAAAAACUCGGACGGUAAUGGUGAAAGUACCAGUAAUAAUAGCAAAAGUGAAAGCAUGACUGUGGAUUCCUUAAAGAUCAUUGAAGAACUGUUAAUGAUCGAUUCGGACGUUACAGAAGUGGAUAAAGAGACUGGCAAAAUCAUAUCAAUCAAACAUGAACCGUCUUCGCAACGUUUUGGGAGCGAUAUUGAUGAUAAUGGUGAUGAUUAUGAUGAUGAUGAUAUGAGUCUCAAAGUUGGGGAAGGUAGGAACAAUCCCGAAAAUCAAACAUUGCUCAACUCUGACAGGGAGGCCAAAGCAUCCAGUCUCUAUGAACAGAACGGCGUUUGA